GCUUGCGUAAAGCUCACACUCCUCAAUUUGGAAUCCCAGUUCAUAAAUUCUCAAACACAUGUCAAACCCAUCUCUAUUUUCUUCUCACUCUUAACCAUGAAAUAUCUUUGAUUUAAAAAAAAAAAAAAAAGCCGUGAAAUAUGUCAAGCUGUUUCACAAUGCCUAGCCUCUCAUGCUCCCAGCUGUACUUGUAACUAAUUAGAUGAAUUCUUAGCCCGACCCAUUUCAGCCUACUUGGCUUCUGGUGGAUGGCUUAAAGAAAAUUCCAACAUUAUUCAAGAGAGAUGCAAAUGACAGAAGCAUGGUCAUGUUUUUUUCAUAAAAGACAUUAUUUUGUUAGUGGGCUUUAACUGAGGAAGCUUCGCUUUAGGAUUGAGCUUCACUGUUUUCUUUAAUGGUGAGGUGGAUUGAAGGUUUUUGAGGUUAGUUCUCAACUGGGUCAAUCCUGCUUUGUUGAAUGAUGAAGGCAGCUUAGAUUUCGUCAUUAAAUUUGGUUCUGUAAAUGAUUAUUGCUUUUCAAGCAUGCUGCUUUUUUAAUUGCAGUUCAUCUGAAUAAGUUGGGCUGCUGGUGAGAGUAUAAUGAAUCAGCCAAUGGGAUUCGGCCUGUCAUUGCUCUUCUUUUUGGCUUCAAUGCCUAUCAUUUUUGCUCAAGAUGUUAAACAUGCUACAAUUGUGGUUGAUGGGACUCUGACUAUCGCUGAAACUGAUGAUAAUUUCAUCUGCGCUACCCUUGAUUGGUGGCCUCCUGAUAAGUGUGACUACAACCAGUGUCCGUGGCACAAUUCAUCUGUCCUAAAUCUGGACUUGUCUCAUCCUCUUCUUGGAAAAGCUAUCCAAGCUUUCAGAUACUUGAGGAUAAGAAUAGGAGGUUCUUUACAAGACCAAGUAUUGUAUGAAGUAGGAAAUUUGACUUCUCCUUGCCAUCCAUUUAGAAAGAUUAAAGGUGGGCUGUUUGGAUUUUCAAAGGGAUGUUUACCAAUGAACCGGUGGGACGAGCUGAAUGAUUUUUUCAGUAAAACUGGGGCCAUUGUGACAUUUAGCUUAAAUGCCCUCCACGGGAGGCACUGGAUCAGGAGGAGUGUUUGGGGAGGAGCUUGGGAUUCAAGUAAUGCUUAUGAUUUUAUGAACUACACUGUCUCAAAGGGACACAAGAUAGAUUCAUGGGAAUUUGGUAAUGAGUUGAGUGGAAGUGGUGUUGGUGCAAGUGUCAGUGCAGAACUCUAUGGGAAAGAUGUGAUCAACCUUAAAGAUAUUAUCAAGGAUUUAUAUAAGAACUCUGAUGUCAAACCUUUACUUGUAGCACCUGGAGGAUUUUAUAACCAGCAGUGGUUUGCUAAGUUUCUUCAGGUUUCAGGUUCAGGCAUUGUCAAUAUCUUGACUCAUCAUAUAUACAACUUGGGUGCAGGUGUCGAUCCCAACCUCACAAAUAAGAUUUUAGAUCCCCAAUAUUUGAGCAGGAUAUCAGAAACAUUCAGUGGUCUCGUGCAAACCAUUCAAGACAAUGGUCCUUGGGCUUCUGCUUGGGUUGGAGAAUCUGGUGGAGCCUAUAACAGUGGUGGUCGUCAUGUGUCUAAUACAUUCAUCAAUAGCUUUUGGUACUUGGAUCAGCUUGGAAUGGCAGCCAAGUACCACACUAAAGUAUAUUGCAGGCAAACGUUAAUUGGUGGAAACUAUGGUCUUCUCAAUACAACUACAUUUGUACCCAAUCCUGAUUACUACAGUGCUCUUUUCUGGCAUCGACUUAUGGGGAAAGGUGUUCUAGCUGUUGGUAGCGAUGCUUCUCCGUAUCUACGUGCUUAUGCCCACUGCUCAAAAGGACGAGCAGGUAUAACUUUACUUCUAAUUAAUCUGAGCAAUCAGACUGAUUUUAUAAUCAGUGUUCGAAAUAGUCUGACAAUGAGAUUGCACGUGGAAAAGAAAGUUCAGAGAGAAAGCUUAUUAAUGCGUAGCCUUAAGAGAUCUGUAUCAUGGGUCGGAAAUGAAGCAUCAGAGGGAGCAACCAGAGAGGAGUACCAUCUAACUCCAAAGGAUGGGUACCUUCAAAGCGAAACCAUGGUUCUAAAUGGAAUCCCUUUAGAACUAACCGAAAAUGGAGAUAUUCCCAGAUUAGACCCUGUUCAUAAUAAUGUGAACUCUCCUAUAUACAUCAAUCCAUUGUCCAUUUCAUUCAUAGUGUUCCCUAAUUUUGAUGCCCCCUCCUGUGAAUAACUGGCUGCAAUUGUUACUUAGCUUUGUAACUGUUCUGGUUUGUAUAUGAAGUUGCAGAAAGUGUAAUUCUGUGGUAAUUGUAACUGUGACGACUUAUAGCAUUAUGCUGUGAUGGAUAAAUACUAGAAUAAGAUGCAAUGCAAUGCAUAAUUUGUUA